ACCACCCGUGGGGCAUAUAAGCUGGAGAGGUAAGUCCGGUGGUGAUAGCUUGCGCGCAUAUAGAGAUAGACUCAAGAUCACUUAGACUGCUACCGGUUUUCCCACGGAAGUGGCGUUGCAACUGGACCUUUCACAACCCCACACCCGGAACUCUUUCAUAACUCUCGCUCACGUCUUUCCUAUCACAACAGUUUAGGGCAGAUAUUGCACGCACAUCUACCCACCACCAUCUUGGUCAAUCACCAGCAUCGUCUUCGACCCACCGCCUCCUCAACCGCAUAACAGAAGAGUAAACAUGUCUCUAUCAGUUCCCGGCCAAAAGCCCGUGGCGUCCCCAGCGGGUGCCACCGACGGAUACACGAGCAACGUCUUUGCCGGAAAGCAGGACCAGCUGCACAAAGUUUGCGCGUAUGUCCAAGAAAAAGGUUUUAUUCCCAGCGAACUCGUGCUCAACGAAGUGUCCUGGUUCUACGGAAACUUGGGUAUCGACGACAUGUAUUUCCAGCUGGAGAGCAUAGAUACGAUCGCUCAGCAUAUCAUGGCUCUUUACGGAGCGAAAAUCUCUGCCUUCAUUAAGAACGAGAAGGCGUUAGAUAUAGAGUUGGAAAGGGAAACCGAUGACGGCGCUGUUUACAUCAACACGUCCGCCCCGGGUGUCUCGAAUUUGGCCGGCCCGCAACACGAAAAGAGGAUUGAUACCCGCUACCUUGACCAGAGCACAAAGAACUCCGCGUACCGUUUGGAAAGUUACCGCUCGACCGGCACUGUUUCGAGCUCCCUUUCCACUCAACUGCGUUGUUACUUUGUUCGCAAAUGCUCUUUCGCAAAGCCCGAGCCUACUGGCGACGAAGUCAACAAUAUCCAGCUUGUUGGUGACAAGACAUUUUUGGAAAAGGCCACGGAGAACACCCUCGAGAUCUACUCCACGGUCAUGAAGCAUGCCUUGUUGCGGACUGGGCCUGUGAUUGAAGUUUACGACAUUCCACGGAGUCGUGUCAAGCGGUUGGUCAUGGCCUUCAAGCACCGUACUACGCAGGGCGUUUUGUCCGCGAUUUCCGACCUGUACCACUACUACGAGUUGUACUCGACUCGCAAGUAUGUGGAGCACUUCUCCAACGGCAUCACUAUUCACUGCAUGUACCUCGACCAGCUUCCGGGCAGCAAGGCUCCUCCGAUCGAGGCCUCCAUCUGGCAAGUCAUGAAGGAGGCCAGUUUGAUAUACUGCCUUCCUUCAUCGCCUCUGCAGUCGUUCUUCCAAACUGGACAGCUCAGCGUACAGGAAACCGUUUAUGGAUACGUUGGAUGGAUAUUCGCACAGCAUUUCCUCAACCGUCUCGGGAACGAAUAUGUUGCGCUCUCGUCCGCUCUUGAUAUGAACAAUCAACUGCACGUCGAGGUGUUGCAAAAGAUCAAGAAGAGGCUGAGGUCUGACACCUUCACACGCGAAUAUAUCCUCGACAUAAUCAAGCUGUACCCCGAGCUUCUGAAGUUGCUUUACACCAACUUCGCCAUGAUGCACUACAUCAACCCACCGCACGACGACAUGAAGAUUUCGCUCUCAUACCAGCGUCUCCAAACCACCCCGGUCCUCUCUGAGGACGAGCUUCUUGACAAGAUCAGGAAAACCGUUGCCAACACGCACGAGCUGAUGAUCUUCCAGUCGUACCUUACCUUCAACCGUCACGUCUUGAAGACUAACUUUUACCAACCUACCAAGGUGGCUCUUUCCUUCCGCCUCGACCCUGCCUUCCUUCCCGAAAUUGAAUACCCCACCCGUCUUUUUGGAAUGUUCUUCGUGAUUGGAAGCGAGUUCCGCGGUUUCCACCUGCGGUUCGACGAUGUCGCUCGUGGUGGUAUCCGUCUCGUGCGAUCCCGAAACAAGGAAGCCUACUCAAUCAACUUGCGUAGUUUGAUGGACGAGAACUACAACUUGGCCGCCACUCAGCACCGCAAGAACAAGGAUAUCCCCGAAAGUGGUUCGAAGGGUACGAUCUUGUUGAACUUUGACCAACAAGAUAAGCCCCGCGUUGCCUUCGAGAAGUAUGUCGAUGCCAUCCUCGACCUUUUGAUCCUCGGCGAGACUCCCGGAAUCAAGGAAAAGAUUGUCGACUUAUACGGCAAACCCGAGAUCCUUUUCUUCGGCCCCGAUGAGGGAACCGCCGACUACAUGGACUGGGCGAGCCAGCAUGCCCGCAAACGUGGCGCUUCCUUCUGGAAGGCCUUCACCACCGGCAAGUCCCAGUCCCUCGGAGGAAUUCCCCACGACACUUUCGGUAUGACAACGCGCUCUGUACAUCAGUACGUGCUCGGAAUCUACCGCAAGCUCGGCAUCAAGGAGGAAGCCUGCAAGAAGCUCCAAACGGGUGGUCCGGACGGUGACUUGGGAUCCAACGAAAUCAAGAUCUCGAAAGACAAGACAAUCGGUAUCGUCGAUGGUUCCGGUGUCAUUUACGACCCCGAGGGUCUCAACCGCGAGGAGCUUUUGCGCCUCGCCACCAAGCGCUUGAUGAUCAGCCAGUUCGAUAUCGCCAAGCUGAGCUCGAAUGGGUUCCGCGUCUUGGUCGAUGAGAACAAUGUGAAGCUCCCUGACGGAUCCAUCGUUGACAGCGGUGUCAAGUUCCGCAACGAGUUCCACCUCAACCCGCUUGCUGCGUCUGACGUCUUUGUGCCAUGUGGUGGACGUCCUGAGGCUGUGGAUCUCAGCAACGUCGCCCAGUUGAUCAACGAGGAUGGCACGCCUCGUUACAAGUACAUUGUCGAAGGUGCCAACUUGUUCUUCACUCAGGAAGCACGUCUCCGCCUCGAGAAAGCCGGCGCAAUCGUCUUCAAGGACGCCUCCGCCAACAAAGGCGGCGUGACCUCUUCCUCCCUCGAAGUCCUCGCCGCCCUCGCCUUCGCCGACGAUGAGUUCGAAGAGAACAUGCAAGUCAAGCCCAACCACACCCCGCAGUUCUACCUCGACUACGUCAAAGCUGUGCACACCAUCCUCGAAAAGAACGCCGAAUUGGAGUUUGAAGCAAUCUGGAAGGAGGCGGCCCGCACCGGCCGCGCGAAAUCCAUCAUCUCCGAUCAGCUGAGUACCGCUAUCGUCAAGCUCAACGCGGAGCUGCAGCAGACGACGCUGUGGAACAAUGUGCCGUUGAGGCUGAUUGUCCUCGCUGAGGCGUUCCCCAACAUAUUGCUGGAGAAGCUGGGUCUGGAGACGUUGCUGAAGCGUGUGCCGGAGCAGUAUGUCAAGGCUAUCUUUGGAAGUUACCUGGCCAGUCGAUUCAUCUACAAAUACGGCGGAGAACCCAGCCAAUUCGCCUUCUUCGAAUUCAUGGCGCCUUACUUCACUAAAGUGUCGCAAAAGACCCCCAAUGGCACGGUCUAAGACAACCAACCCAGACAUUCUUCACGGACAAGUUUCGUUCCCCGGACUCUCUUUUUUGUUUUGAUCCUUCGUACAAUCUUCUUUUAGAUUCUCUUUGCUUGCAUGCAUUUGUCGCUUUCUUUUUUGUCAUUUGGAAUGAGAUUUUGUAAACGUUUUUGCCUCGAGGACGUUGUGUGACGACGCCAUGUCAGGACGGCAGUUAUGAGGAGCAAGUGCUCAAGAACUUCCUUCUAACAUCAUGAAUAUUGGAUAAGACGAGGUUGCCGU